AUGAAGACAAGAAUAGCAGAUCUGUGGAGACCAGUUAAGGGAGUCACAAUCAAAGAAGCAAAGGAAGGUUUAUUUCUGUUUCACUUCUCUCAUAACUUAGACAUGGAAGCUGCACUGAAAGGGGGUCCUUGGACCUUUGAUAGUCACCUCUUGAUCUUAGAAAGGUUACAUCUUGGAAUCCAAAUCGAGAAUAUACAACUUAAUCAAGUUGAUUUUUGGGUUCAAGUGCAUCACCUACUUGCAGGCCUUAUGUUGGAGAAGGUCGGGAAGGCUAUGGGAAACUUCAUCGGUGUGUUUGUCGAGUAUGAUAAAAACAACAACACAAGCUUUUGGAGAGAGUAUAUGCGGGUGAGAGUUCGGAUAGACGUGCGACAGCCAUUGAAGAAACAAACAAGAGUUAAAAACAAAGGAGGAGAAUGGUGUGUGGUUAAGUUCAAAUAUGAAAAGCUUAGUCUAUUUUGCUUUGUGUGUGGGCUUCUUGGACAUUCUGAGCAACGAUGUGAAGUUAGAUUUGCAAUGGAUCAAGAUAAUGGAAGCCGUGAGUGGUCGAAUGAGCUACGGGUGGAGAGUCGCAGGCAUGGUGGAGUGGGUUCAUCAAGAUGGUUGAGAGAAGAAAAGGCUAAAGAUAAUACAAAGGAAGGAAAUGUUUUCACAUCACCGGCGCGUGCAACAUACGACCACACGGGUGGAAGUGAGAAUGGAGAUACAACAGAAGGGGUCCCACAUGCACCGAUUGGCCACGUUUUUCGGUCUUCAGUUAUGACUAAUGAGGAGGCUAUUGAUUUUUCAGCAACUAACAAGGGUGCAUUAUUUGAUGAUAAUGCCAUUGAUGUUGAAGGAAGAAGUGGCGGUAUUGCGGUUCUUUGGAAUAACAAAAGUAGAUGCAGUGUUAUGAAUUUUUCUCGGAAUUUUAUCAAUCUCCAUAUUCAAGAUGAUUUUAAAGGGGAAUGGAGACUCACUUGCUACUACGGGUUCCUGGAGAGAGUACGCAGGAGAGAUGCGUGGAAUAUGUUACGAGACUUACGUGAUAUGGCCAUCACCCCAUGGUGCAUUAUCGGAGAUUUCAACGACCUGUUAUCACAACAAGAUAAGAGAGGCAACCUUUUGCAUCCUAAUUGGUUGUGCAACGGUUUCCGUCAAGCUGUAAAUGAAUGUGAUCUCACUGAUAUAUCACUUGAAGGCUAUCAGUUUACGUGGACGAAAAGCCGCGGAAAGGACCAUAUGGUUGAGGAGAGAUUGGAUAGGGCACUUGCAAACUCAGGCUGGUUAUCAGUUUUUCCUAAUGCCAAACUUGUUAACCUGGUUGCUUCCCACUCUGACCAUAGCCCAAUCCUCUUAAAUAAUGAUCCGAUUCAAGUCUCGCAUAUUCGGCGUGGGUUUAAGUUUGAAAACUGCUGGUUAUUGGAAGAUGAGAUUGAAGAGGUUGUACAUAAGGGAUGGUGUAAUGGAGAGAGAACCGAUGUAGUCCACCGUAUUUCGACUUGUACGUCGGAAAUUGAAAAGUGGAACAGGAUCCGUAGGAGUAAAGAGAAAGAGGUUGUGGAGGGGUGUCAAGCAAAGAUGGAGUAUUACCGUAUGCAAAACGAUCAGACGUCGGCAAUGCGGUAUUUUGAGGCGGAAGCUGAAUACAACAAAGCCCUUGUGAAGGAGCAUGCUUACUGGAGACAACGUGCAAAGAUGCACUGGCUGAGAGAGGGUGACCUUAACACUAAAUUUUUCCAUUUGUCAGCCACUGCCAGACGCAAGUUCAAGAGAAUUGAGGCUUUAACGAACGACAAUGGUGAGGAAGUUAAAGACCAAGAAACUAUUUGUGGGAUAGCAAAAGAUUAUUUCACAAAGCUGUUUGAGGAAUCGGUUAGCUCAUACGAACCGGUACUUAAAUUCAUACAACCUACAAUUUCUAAUGAUGACAACAACAUGUUGUUAGCUCCGAUUAGAAGAGAGGAACUAUUUGAAGCUGUCAACAACAUGCAUCCGGACAAAUCUCCAGGUCCUGAUGGUUUAAACCCGACUUUCUAUCAAAACUUUUGGCAUGUGUGUGGUGAGGAUAUCUUCGCUGCUGUUAGAGUAUGGUUUGAAAGAGGCUCUCUUCCUGCUACAAACAAUGAUACUAACAUUUGCCUCAUACCGAAGUGCUCUAAUCCCUCCAGCAUGAAGGAUCUACGACCUAUUGCACUUUGCAAUGUGAUUUACAAAAUUAUUUCAAAGCUCCUUGCGAAUAGAAUGAAGAAGUGUUUAGCUAAAACUGUGUCGGAAGAGCAAUCAGCCUUUGUGGAAGGAAGAUCCAUUCUUGAUAAUGCCAUGAUAGCUAUCGAGAUUAUACAUUCCCUUAAGAGGAAGACCAAAGGUAAUAAGGCUCAUUUGGCUCUUAAGAUUGAUAUGAGUAAUGCUUACGAUAGAGUUGAUUGGGGUUUUUUGAGGUGCAUGCUGAGUAGAAUGGGUUUUGCAGACAAAUGGAUUCAAUGGGUUAUGAUGUGUGUUACAACGGUUAACUAUUCUAUUUUAGUAAAUACGGAAAUUGUUGGACCAAUUCAACCAGGAAGAGGACUGAGACAGGGGGACCCACUGUCCCCGUAUCUGUUUAUUCUUAUCUCAGAAGGACUUUCUGCUCUCAUAAAAGGAGCAGUGGCUAAAGGCGAUAUUCAUGGAGUACAAAUAUGCAGAGGGGCACCUAGUGUGUCCCAUUUGCUUUUUGCUGACGACUGUUUUUUGUUUUGCAGGGCUAGUAUAUCGGAGGUGACGAAUAUUAUGGAGAUUCUAAAAACAUAUGAAGCAGCGUCAGGCCAGGAGGUUAAUUUAAAUAAAUCGGAAGUUUUCUUUAGUAGGAACUUAAGCAUCCCAGCUCAGGAGGAUAUAGCCCGUAUCAUGGGAGUGCGUCAUGUCCUUGGUACUGGUACCUACUUAGGCCUGCCGUCUAUGAUAGGGAGGAGUAAGAAGGCUACGUUUGAGUUUAUUAAAGAUAGAAUUUGGAAGAGAAUAAAUUCGUGGAAAGGGAGGUCCUUAUCUAAAGCCGGGAAAGAAGUCAUGAUUAAAUCGGUUCUGCAAUCGAUUCCAUCUUAUAUCAUGAGUAUUUUUAUUAUUCCUGAUGGAGUGAUUAAUGACAUCGAGAGAAUGUUGAAUACUUUCUGGUGGGGGGGAGGAAGCAACAAUAAGGGUAUCAGGUGGGGGAUUGGAGAUGGAAGUACUAUACCGGUGAUGGGUGAACCGUGGUUACGAGGUAAAGUGGAGGGAUAUGUUAAGGGCCCCCAACAACAAGGUGUGUAUGAUCUUAAGAUUAAUCAAUUGAUGGUUCCUAACUUGAAACAAUGGGAUGGUCAUUUGAUUCGUAGUUUGUUUGAUAACACAGUCUCUGAGGAUAUUUUACAAGUUUCGUUAAGAGAGGAAGUGAUGGAGGACCGAUGGAUUUGGAAGGAGGACCAAAAGGGUGUUUAUAGUGUUCGGUCAGGUUUGCAUGAUAUUAUUAUAUCCCGACUUCACUCUUUUCAUGAUGUUAAAUCUAUUAUUCUGGAUAUUUGUACCAAUGAGGAUAGCCGGACUGCAGGACGUUUUGCUGUUAUGAUAGAUGUGUUGUGGAACAAUAGAAAUAAUGCUAUCUGGAAUCAUGAACGUGAAGAGGUAGAUACGCUUGGUUUACAAGCGCUUUAUAGAUGGCAAGAUUGGGUUAAUGCGCAAGACUGGAAGCAAAAUGGGGAAAUGGAUCAAGCCCGAUCAGUUUGGACUCCGCCAGAUACAGGUUGGGUGAAAUGUAAUGUAGAUGCGGGAUUUAGUAAUAACCGUGGUACUACUAACAGGGGCUGGUGUGUGAGAAAUAAUCAAGGUAAUUUUAUCUUAGCAGGUUCGGCGUGGGACUCGAAUAUUCUUUCUGUUGAUGAGGCAGAAGCUGUGGCCAUUAAGGAAGCAAUCCAGGAAGCUAUUGUACAUCAUUUGGAUAAAGUCAUCUUUGAAAGUGACUCCCUUCGGGUUAUUCAGGCUAUUCAUUCUACCCAUAGCGGAAACUCUGAAUUUAGUUUGAUUAUUUUAUCUAUACAGAGGUUGCUACAAUGUAACUCAAACUUUGAGGUUAAGUUUAUUAAGCGCCAAGCGAAUAUGGUUGCCCACAUGCUAGCAAAGGCGGCCAAUUCUUGGUCUAGGCGUAUAAGUUUUAAUGUACCUCCACCUUGUAUUGAGCAUAUUUUAAUUAAUGAAAUGAGUUAA